AUGGCAUUCAACGCCAAAAACCUACAGUACAACAAGCAAGAGCCUUCCUUUCUCCGUAGAUUGAAAGGUGAAGUUGGAGGGCUCGAUGGACGAAACAACGUCCAGAUCCCUCGACCAAAGAGGGACAGGUUAAAGACCGGCGACGACGAUGAGGACGAACCAGUGAUUUUGGAUGAGCGAGGUGAGCGGGUCGAAAAGGCUGAGUUCGAGCGGAUGAUGAAGGGAGAAGACGGAACUCCAAACCCUUCCGAGGCGGAAGAUGCUGGUGCUACAGGGGCUCAACUGGCUGAACACCAGGAUGGCGAGAACCAUGAAAGACAGAAAGUGACGGAGAUUGGCUCUGCGGCGAAUGCGAAGAAGAGGAAGGUUGGCAAGGUUGUUGGAGGCGAGGAGGAGAGGGAAAUUAGCGAUGACCACAGAACGGAGAACGCGAAGAAACACAAAGACCCUCCCAAGGAGAAAGACGAGAAUCCCGCUGCAGGAAAAAUCGGACCGUCUGCAGCAAAGCCCGCAGCUAAGAAGAAAGGAAAGAAAAUCAAGUUGUCCUUUGACGAUCCAGAAGGAUGA